AUAAUAGAGGAUGAUUGAACGCAAAAACGAAAGACAAAAAAAAGGAAAGAAGAGGAGAAAAAAAAAAGCACAUGUUUACAGUACUAUGUAAAGCGAGAAAACAUUCUGUUUUUCAAAAGAAAUAAAAAGUGGUUUUUGGCUCAUUACUUAUCAACUAUAAGAAAACAAGUCCGUAGUUCCUGUAGAAAUAUGGGAAAAAUUGACCGCGGCUAUCCGAUAUUUUAAACUAUGAAAUCUCAGAUCUUUUUUUAUUAAGUCCCUUUUAGUCCCUAUUAGUCCCUUUUACAACGAUGAUGGAUAUAAAAGAUAUGAUCACUCACGUCCCGCAGUGUAAGAAGUUACUGAAACAUUAGAAUAAGAAAAAGAGCUAUUAUAUGAAAACAAUCUAUAAAUAAUUUACUUUCAAUGUUCUCUAUUUUGUAAUUCCUCAUCCUUUUUUUUUUGUCUACAUCUACAUUGUGGUUUUCAUAAAUUAGCAAACCACUUUCAUUGUCAUCAUUGCUUCGGAAUAUGAAAUUUGAGACAAAAGAACAAAAAGCUAACAAGCAAAUAAUAACUAAUUUAAUCAACAUUGACAGAUGACAAUGUCAGAGUACAUUGAGUAUUUCUGUAAGUGAUGUCUUGCGGACGGUUCACUUACGAUUGAUCGUUGUCAAUAACGCAAUGCAUGCAAUUCAACGAAUUUGCUUAAGUAUUCUGAAAUGCGGUCUGGAAAUAUGCUUCUGUGAUAGUUAAAAACCUUUUUUGGUUUCAUUCAUAUUACAACGAGUAUGAUUAUACCCUUCAUCCCUUUUAGCGCAGGUCACGUUAAAUUUGUACGAACGUACGUAAAAACCAGAAGGAUUUGAGAUAAGUCCACCUUUUGUUAAGAUUAUUUUUAAUUGUGAUUUGAUUAGUAUACAACUUAGGUGACAAUAUGUCUCAUAUUUUUAGAACUUGUCCCGAUUCUUUACAGCACGAUUUCUGGUUCCGGAUGUAUAAUAUUUACUCCAAAUGGUUCCGAAUGACAAUAGUGUAAGAACGUAAAAGUUGAAAUGCAAACUUAAAUAGUGUAAAUUGUCAACUAAGAAUGUGGCGCGCACAGUACCGAUUGCGUAAACCGUGGAUCACGCAGUGCGAUGUUUCGUUUGAAGACAUUUUAACGUUGUUAACGUUCAACUACACUAGAUGAAGUGAUCAGUUACACAAAAUCAAUCCAUUAACUAAUCCUUCCUGCAUAUAUGCUCCUAAUCUUCUACUUUUUGUCGGUCCAAAUUUUGGUUAAUUCAUUCGCCAAUCCAUCAUCAUUCGCAGAUUGUCCGCCUGUAAUUGUCUUCCCAGUUCGUUUCCUUAACUUUACGGCUUAUAUAACAACUUUUCCUUUUUUCAAUACGCAAUGAAAAAAGUUGCUAUCGCUGUUGUAUUCAGCUGUUGGCUGAAAACGGCUGAAAGCGAAAUCUAAAGUUCAAUUUUUCAAAAAAAAUGAUUAUCUCUCCAACAUCCAACCAACAAUCGUCUUCAAACUUCGUACCCACAUAGAGCCCUUUUUUUACAACGUAUAUAAUAAUCUCAUGUUAUUGACUCGCGAACGUUGAAAAAGGAAGAAGAAACCGCGGAUCCAAAAAAUUUCUGUAAUUAAUAUAAACAAAGUUAAUUAUUUUGAAUUAUUUUCAGUUUUUACGGAACGCAAAAAAAAUUUGAAGGAAGAUUAUAUACUAUCGCCUUAUUAUUACCUUCUUAUCUUUCCCAUUAUAAUCUCGAAAAAAUGUUGGGUUAUGGGCGCGGUCUACGUCGUGACUUAUCACAGCCGGCACUGGCUCCAAAAUCUCUGGAUAUUGGCGUAGGCACACAGAGUUUUGGUUCAACUGCUAAAACAUGUCGAGUUGGCUUUGGUCGUCGAGGAAAAAUUUUACCAUCCGGAUCUCAUAAGUUGCCUGCCUUAGGAACGAAUGCUUCCGGAGAUGACUCAUUAUCAACCAAAGCUCAAGACGAUGAAAAAUCGAAAGAAGUGCACCCUAAGGACUUAAUCAUGAAAGAGCCUAAGGAAACUUCGAGUUUGCUUACAUCUCCUAAAGCAACUCAUGGCGUAAAAGGUACUCCGAUUCAAUUGGUAUGCAAUCACAUACGUAUAAACUCGGAUCCAAAUAAGGGCAUUUAUGUUUAUGAAGUGCGCUUUAUCCCCAAUAUCGACUCGAACCGUUUAAGGAGACAAUAUUUAAAUGAGCACAGCGUCAAGUUUGGCGGAACUAAAACUUUUGAUGGUGUCACUUUAUAUUUACCAAUUUUGUUGAAAGAUGAACUUACCACGUAUGUCUCAAAAGCGUACGAUGGAUCUGAUAUUGAGAUUCGGAUACUUUUUAAAAGAAAAGAAUUGCUAAAACACUGUAUGCAGUUUUAUAACGUCCUUUUUGAUCGAAUCAUGAAAACUCUAAAUUAUGUACGGUUUGAUCGGAAGCAAUUUGAUCCAACAUCGUCAAUAGUGCUCCCACAGCAUCAGUUGGAAAUAUGGCCCGGAUAUGUGACCGCCGUAGAUGAACAUGAAGGAGGUCUGUUACUUUGCUGCGAUGUGUCUCAUAGAUUACUAUGCCAAAAAACUAUUUCGGAAACGCUCCUUGAAAUUUUCAGACGUAACCCCAAGCACUUUCAAGAAACGGCUAAGAAGGCACUCUUAGGUGCUACCGUUAUAACGAGAUACAACAAUAAAACCUACCGAAUUGACGAUAUUUGUUUUGAAAAAAGUCCGCGAUCGACGUUCACAUUCAAAGAAGGGACACUGAGUUUCUUGGACUAUUAUCGAAGGAAUUACAAUAUUGAAAUAAAAGACACAAAUCAACCACUCUUGAUAUGCAUCAAAAAACAACGUAUGUCGCAGAGAUCGCAAGCAGAAGAUCUCGUUAUCUGUUUAAUUCCUGAGCUGUGUUACGUAACCGGGUUACGUGAUGAAAUAAGGGCUAAUCACAAACUAAUGCGUGAAAUUGCGACUUUCACUUGCCUCUCACCUGUUCAGCGUAUAAAUGCAUUGAAAAAAUUUUAUACGAAUAUAGAUAACAGUCCCGAAUCGCGGAAAAUUUUAAGUGUGUGGGGAUUAUCUCUUGUACAGAAUUAUGAGGAAAUCAGUGGCCGGCAACUUGAUGAAGAAAAAGUUUAUUUCGACCGAAAAAUAGUCCCUGUUGGUCCUAAAGCGGACUUUUCGAAAUGUCUUGUAAAUAAUACGAUAUUAGAAGCUAUUGCCAUUGAGAACUGGCUUCUCAUUCAUUGCGAGAAGGAUAGUAAAGCGGCUUUAUCGUUUUGCGAACACAUGCCAGUAGGUACGAAUUCAUUCGGAUUAAUAGUAGAAAGACCGCAAUUCGUUACGGUUUACCGUUCAUUCUGUAUUUACGUGGUUACCCACGUUUCUUUUGAUUGUGUAAAUAAAGUCUAGGCUAUUGGAAAUUCACAAUCCAACAAUGUAAACAUAAUUUAUGUUUUUUUCUUUUUGCAUUUCAAUUGUUUGCUUAUUUUCUAUAGUGAAGAGCAGCAAGCAAUGUCACAUUAACAGUCGUAAGCGGAAAACGCACAAUGUUUACAUUAUGAGUCGCGAACUUUAAAAAAUACGCUGCUGGACUUAAAGCGUGGUACACAAGGCAUAACGUAAAUUCAGGAGAAUAAUCACUAAAAUCA